CCUUGGCCUACCAAUUCCUCAGACAGAAGAUCUUGGGAAUCUCAUGUACUGAAUCAGAGAGCCUCUGUGACUGCCAUUCCAUCUCUCAGAAGAAGCUCUCAGGGUGGAAUUGGGCUGAUUACUGAAGCUUAUUUUCUCAGUGCACGGAAAUUUUUACAUUUUGACUUUUUUCUUACAAUGGCUUCCAUUCACAAAUUACUGGCUGGUACUUAUAUUCAUAGAAACUUCCUAAAGCCAAGGGCUGCCUUGAAUCCAUUUAUAGGUGUUUGCUUUGUGCACUAUUCUUCCAGUCCUCUUCAGAAACAAGUAGCUCCUGCUGACAGGGUCUCCCAGCAAAGGAAGACAGAAGAGCGUUUACAAGAGGGUCACCACAAAGAAGUUGCUUUGGAUAUAACUUCUCCUGACAAGAAACCCAAAGUUAGUUUUGAUAAAGCAAUUAGAGAUGAAGUAAUAGAACAUCUUAAGCAUUUGAAGGAUGAAAUUAUGGCUCAUUGGAUUGGUCCAGAAGGCCGCCCAAUACAAGAGGUCAUAAUGGAGCAAGCCAAGGUUGUCUGGCAGUUUCGUGGAAAAGAAGAUUUGGAGAAGUGGAUAGUGACUUCUGAUAAGACAAUUGGAGGCAGAAGUGAAAUAUUCUUGAAAAUGGCCAAGAACAACCAAAGUGCCCUGCUCUAUGGGACGCUGAGCUCUGAGGCACCUCAGGAUGGAAAAAGUACCCAAAGUGGGUACUGUGCAAUAGUAUCCAAGGUUCCAAGGGGGGCUUUUGUGAGGAAGCUGUCUUACGAUUGGUCCCAGUUCAAUACUCUGUAUCUCCGAGUCCGUGGGGAUGGCCGGCCUUGGAUGGUCAAUAUCAGGCAAGACACGGAGUAUAUCCAGAGAAAAAAUCAGAUGUACAGUUACUUCAUGUUCACCCGUGGGGGGCCCUACUGGCAGGAAGUCAAGAUUCCUUUCUCCAAAUUUUUUUUCUCAAAUCAAGGAAGGAUACGAGAUGGCCAGAGCCCGCUCUUAGUUGACAAGAUCUCUUCUAUAGGACUCACCCUGGCAGAUAAGGUGGAUGGACCAUUCUUCCUGGAAAUAGACUUUAUUGGUGUGUUUACUGAUCCAGCCCAUACAGAAGAAUUUGCUUAUGAGAGUUCUCCAGCUCUUUUCAGAUAGAGAACUGGGACAGAUUUGAGUAACACUGAGUACUAGUCACAAAUACAAAGUAAAGCCUUUCUGUCUACCACUUC